AUGGAGGAUCAGACACAGCAUCUUCGCAACCUCAUAAUAAAUCAAAUCCCAGACACAACCCACAACUUGCUCCAAGAGGUUGAUUCAGGGCCCAUUCGGAUAUUGGGCGACACCCCUAACAGCUUGCUCGACUCUAGAGAUUACCUAGGGUCUAUACAACCAUUCAUAUCAAAGACCCAGAACUCGAUUCAUGAUUGCCGUCCUGAAAUCGAGACUCGUUUCCUUGCUCUGAAUGUAUACCCAGGGAAACACAGCUUCUUCGUCCUCGACGUGAACAAUGUCGACUACGACUAUGAGACAGCUCAUACUGUUACAACUCCGAUCCCGAUCUAUGUUCUUCGUCUGUCAAGGAGGAAAAUAAGCAUCACCAGACAGCAACGGCUAGACGCUACAAUCGCGGAGAGACUUCGAAAGAUGCACAAUGGGCAUGGAGAUGACCCUCUGCCGUUGGUGGAUGAUUUCAAUCAAAUUCUUGGAUAUCACAGUCCACGCAGUCUUCGGCGUUAG